AUGGCUAGAAAGGUUAGUUGGGUAUUGGAACGGUUGCUACAAGCAGUCCAGCCAAGUUACAGUCAUAUCAGUUGUUUUCUGAGUCUCUCUUCGAAACAUUCCAAGAGCAUCAAAGAAGUGUCUCGUGUUGGUGUUGACAAAAAAGAAAUGCAAAGACCUUUAGCGGAAGGUACUGUUGGUGGUUCAGGAUGGGUUCCAAUCAAUUUAUCAAAUUUUUAUGAUCGCUUACCAACAGUGGAAAUAUUUAAGCAACAGUUUGAUGGUAUACCUUUUGAAGAGCUCCCGAUUGUUCAUGUAAAAGCAUCAAGGAAUAAUACGCUGAUUACUGUCACUGAUCACAAGUAUAAUAUUAUAACCUACACUUCUUGUCGUUUGGAAGGAUUCAAAAAUGCGCGGAAAAAGACUAAUAUUGCUGGUCAAACGACGGGUGUUGCAGCUGGACAACGGCUUAUUAGGCGAGGAAUUCGAACAGUUCGCGUGCUGAUUCGAGGACUUGGGCCAGGGCGAAUGACUUCUAUACAAGGUAUGGCUACUACUGGUGUCAAAAUUGUAUCUAUAACCGAACAAUCAGCGCUUCCUGAGCUUGGCCCAAGACCGAAGAAAAUUCCUAGGAUCUGA